CGACGAUCAGCAGUAAGACAUUUUGUUCAGCGAAAUGGUGAGAAAAACCGCGAAUCCGCCGCGAUCCCCCACGAGGAGUUCAAAAAAGCCAGGCAAGGAGCACAAAUCGGUGAUCAGCCGAUUUGCAUUACCUUUUUUUCAUAAUGAGCUGGCCAAACUGAAGCAACACAUGAGAGACCAACACAUCGCAGCUAUAAACAUGACACCAUUCGGGCAUUUUCUGGAUUGCCCGAAAAUGAAGUUUCCAUGGCACCGACUUGUUGCCCUCGUCAAUAGCUUCAGUUCGGAAUCUAUGUCCUUCAAGAUUGGAAGUGACAUUGAGCUUCCGUUUGAAGUUGAAGAAUAUUCUGUAGUCUUAGGACUACACGCGAAAGGAGUCUACGUGACCGAAAAUACAUCGGUCGAAAGCGAAUGGUUUGUUCGAAUUUUUGGGAGCAAGCCACGUUCUGUAACCCGCGGGCAGGUGUUGCAGAAGCUGCGUGAGGCUCUGUUGCAGGGGCUGGAGCCUCUUUCUGUUGCGGAUGUUGCUCGUCUUUUUAUUAUGUUUGUUUUUGCAAAUAUUUUAUUUUGUUCUGCGAAUUAUUCUGUACCCCUUUUUUUGUUACCUCUAUAA